CAGUGAAUGCUCUCAUCGUAGGACACUCACCCGAGAGCAAAGACACGGAGGAAACUGAUGAACCAUUUCUCGGGACAGCAGUUUCCUCCCCACUUUUGCCAGCGUUGUCGACGCACGUGAUGCGACAGCUUCGCAGGCAGCGUCCGCCGCUGCUCCAGUAGAGCACCUGUCUCGGUGGGGCAGCACAAGUGCAGGAACGCGCAGGAUGGAAAGAGAGCGCACUCUUCUCGCACUUACACUUUGAAAGAAGUCAUUUUUGACACACACAAAGAAAGAAAAAUCAAAGAGCGGGGCGAGUUGUACGGCUGGCUGGGAAGGGCAUAUGUUGGGGGGCUGUGUUUCUCUGCGCGCGUGAGUGAGGGAGAAGCACCUGGUGACAGCCCGCGCGAGGAUAUGGGGGGAGGCUCGCUGACCUCUGCUGCAUCCCGCGUGCUUGCGUGCAUUUCGCCCGCGAGAGGAUAGCCGUGUCCCGUGGAGGAUGCCGAACAGGCUGAAGACGCAGUCCUGAAGAUUGAUGGAGGGUCAUGCCAUUCAAACAGCAGGCGUUGCUGAGACAGAAGCUCUUCCUGCUGGGCAGCCUCGCCAUCGGGAGUCUCCUCUAUCUAGUCGCCAGAGUUGGGAGCUUGGAUAGGCUGCAGCCUAUCUGCCCCAUGGAGAGCAGGCUGGCCCCCGCCCUGGGCGAGCAGUUCCCCCUGCGGACGCUGCAGUACAAGCGGGGCGUCCUGCACGAGCUGCGCAAGGGCAACGCCACCAAGGAGCAGAUGCGUCUGCACAGCCUGGUGCAGCAGCUGCCCCGCGCCAUCAUCAUCGGGGUGCGCAAGGGGGGCACCCGCGCCCUGCUCGAGAUGCUCAACCUGCACCCGGCCGUGGUCAAGGCCUCGCAGGAGAUACACUUCUUCGACAACGACCAGAACUACGCCCGGGGCAUCGACUGGUACCGCGGGAAGAUGCCCUUCUCCUUCCCCCACCAGAUCACCAUCGAGAAGAGCCCCGCCUACUUCAUCACGGAGGAGGUGCCCGAGCGCAUCUUCAAAAUGAACUCCUCCAUCAAGCUCCUGGUCAUCGUGCGGGAGCCCAUCACGCGGGCGGUGUCUGACUACACGCAGGUCCUGGAGGGCAAGGAGCGCAAGAACAAGACCUACCACAAGUUCGAGAAGCUGGCCAUCGACGCCAACACCUGCGAGGUCAACACCAAGUACAAGGCGGUACGGACCAGCAUUUACACCAAACACCUGGAGCGCUGGCUCAAGUACUUCCCCGUGGAGCAGUUCCACAUCGUGGACGGAGACAGGCUCAUCUCGGACCCGCUGCCAGAGCUGCAGCUGGUGGAGCGCUUCCUCAACCUCCCAUCCCGGAUCAGCCAGUACAACCUGUACUUCAACGCCACGCGCGGCUUCUACUGCCUGCGCUUCAACAUCGUCUUCAACAAGUGCCUGGCGGGCAGCAAGGGCCGUAUCCACCCGGAGGUGGACCCUGCCGUCGUGGCCAAACUGCGCCGGUUCUUCCACCCCUUCAACCAGAAGUUCUACCAGAUCACCGGGAGGACAUUCAACUGGCCGUGAAAGGAAG